UAAAUACAAACGAUCAGAGCACCAUCAAUAAUGAUAAUUUAGAUGGAAUUAGUGUUCUCUCAGAAAAUUUACCUAUCAAAGAUGUCAAAGAAAAGAUUGUACUAAACGUUGGUGGAAUAAAAUAUGAAACUUAUAGGUCAACCUUAACUACUUAUCCUACAACAUUACUUGGUUCUUAUUUUCUUUACAAUGAUAAUGAUAACCCUUUUUGGGAUCCGGACCUUGACGAAUUUUUUAUUGACAGAGAUGGUCAUUUAUUUCAUUAUAUCAUGCAAUUUUAUCGAACUGGUAAAGUUCCUACUAUUGAUCAAGCAAUAGGAUUAAUUCCAAUAACAUCAUCUGAAUUAGAAGAUGAAUUAGAAUAUUUUAAAAUUCCUAUAUAUCCACCUUCUUCAUACUCUUCAACUACUUUAUCACCCAAUCAACUAUCAUUACGACAUAAAAUGAUAGCUGCUGAAAUUGAUUCUUUUGUUCAAACUUUAAAAAAUACACUUUUAACAAUUUCUUCUCAAUUUAAAAAAGAAAUUUUCUUUAAACGUAAUUUUCAAAUUUAUUUUGAAAUAAAUUUUCAUCAUAAUGAUAGAAUAACUGAUUUUGUUAUAUCACCAACUAUUUCUACAACUUUAAAACAACAAUUACAAAAAGAAUUUGAUGCUUUCUCUGUAUUGGGUUAUGCUAUUUUGGAAAGAUUUGGUGAUGAUAUUGGAAGAUAUAUGAUAACUAAUGUUCAAGGUUGUACUUGGGAAUGUAAUAAAACUAAGGAUGUUGGUUGGGGUAGUGUUUAUGAGAUGUAUAAAGUUAAAGUUGGUGUUGAAAAUAGUUUUGAACAUGAAGAUGUAGUUGGUCAUUGUUGUUUGGCUAAUAUUGGUAAUGAAAAUGAUAUUGGAAGUCCAUAG